CGCGCAGGUCCUGACUCCAGCCGCACCUCCUCCGGCUCUGCAGUGGCGGCAAGAAGGCGAGCCGGAGUGCCUGCGGGGUCCGCGCCAGAGCGGAGCCGGGGUCGGGGCAGCCGCGAGGACCCCCUUGGAGGCGGGGCCUGUGGGAUCGCGAUGGGCGUGGAGAUCGAGACCAUCUCCCCAGGAGACGGAAGGACAUUCCCUAAGAAGGGUCAGAUAUGUGUGGUGCACUACACAGGAAUGCUUCAAAAUGGCAAGAAAUUUGAUUCAUCCAGAGACAGAAACAAACCUUUCAAGUUCAGAAUUGGCAAACAGGAAGUCAUCAAAGGCUUUGAAGAAGGCACUGCCCAGCUGGGUCCUCUUUCUCCUCUCCCCAUCUGCCCCCAUCCCUGCUAGAUGAGCUUGGGGCAGAGGGCGAAGCUGACCUGCACCCCUGAUGUGGCCUAUGGAGCUACUGGCCAUCCCGGUGUCAUCCCUCCCAAUGCCACCCUCAUCUUUGACGUGGAGCUGCUCAGCUUAGAGUGAAGGCAGGAAGGAAAUCGAGGUGGCUGGAGAUGGCCCCUGCUCUGUCCUAGCCUGCUCUCUCUGCCACUGGGACGGCUCCUCCUAUGUAGGGCUCUUGAUCAGUGUGCUCACCCCACCGCCCCUCCACAUUAUCUGUUCUUUCUACCCAUCGUGCUCUAUAUGUGUCAGCCAUUUUAUCGUCCCCACACACCUCUGCUUGAGAAAACCUUAGUUCAGAUCCAAACAUUUCAGACUGCACAUUUUGUGCGAUGCAUGUAGUAGCCAUUCCUGAUCAUAGGACACAGAUCUUGUUUGCACAAUCUAUAUUGCCUUACCUGCACUUAAGCCGGACAUACAAGGUGCUCAGACAUGUGCUGUACAUGGUUACACGGAGGGACUUGAGCCAGUUACCUUUGCUGUCAUUUCUUAUCUUCUGUUGGCUGCUCACUUUAAGCACUGCCCUCUUUGGAAAUAAUAUGUAAAAUAAAGGCUCUGUGCUUG